AAAAUAAGUUUACCUAUUGUAAAACAAUUUUUCUUUAUUUUCUUUAUUUCCCCAAAAUGUGUUUGGCGUUGUUUAAAACAUAAAUUAGGUUCCCAUUUUUACUUCAUUUAGAUCUCUUUGAGAUAUGAGUUCUGACAAACGACGUCGGGCUCGAAUACAAGGAGGAUGGUCAUCAGCUUCUAACAAUAACACUGGUAAGAAAUUACCACAACCUAAACGCCCUCCAGUAUCAUUUAACGCUCAAGAUAGCAAAGAAGACAGUUCAAAACAAGAAGAAUACACACAAUUUUUAUUUACUGGAUCUUCUAAUAAAUUCAGAGAGAAACCACCAGUAAAAACUAUCACAGAACAUGGAAUACAUGAUAUUAGUGCCAGUGAAAAUGGUGUGUCAAGGAUCCGUUUCUUCCCCAGUUUUAUUGAAGAGAAAGAAGCAGAUAGGAUAUUCAGAACUCUCCUCCACGAUCUUCCAUGGAAACAAGCAAGUGAUGUGUUACCAAAUGGUUCCAAAUUUCUGCAACCCCGUCUGACAGCUUGGUAUGGAGAUUUACCCUACACUUACUCAGGACAAACUCAUCAACCUAAUGCCAAGUGGCAUCCUAUGUUACAAACUGUUCGAGAACAUUUGCAGCAAUCUCUGGGUAUUUUAUUCAACUCUAUGUUGGCAAACCUCUAUCGAGAUGGUCAUGAUAGUGUUGGUUGGCACACAGACAAAAAUCCUGCCAUUGGUGAUCAGCCUACAAUAGCAUCGCUAUCUUUUGGUGAUGACAGAAUGUUUGAACUUCGGAGAAAUCCUCCUCCUGAAGAAAAUGGAGAUUAUACCUAUAUGGAACAUGUAAAUGUACCAGUCACUAAUGGUUGUCUUCUCACUAUGGAAGGAGCUUUACAACAUGAUUGGCAGCAUCGAGUUCCAAAGGAGUACCACGAGCGUGGAGCUAGGAUUAACCUUACUUUCAGACUGACUAUUCCAGGAUAAAAUAUGAUUCAAGAUUUUUCUGAGAAACAAAAAUUUGGUCAACAUGUUAAAACUGAGGUGCCAACAAAGAGAACUAGGCUCAUAUCCAACAAGCUUCUCACAUUUUUAUUCUCUCCUUAUUUAAAAUGUAAACAUGUCUUUUAUUGUAUAUACUUUGGCAAAAUUAUCAUGCUGGAUUUUGUUGAGAUUUAUUAAUAUUAAUCUCAAAUCAAAAAAUGUGCUUAUUUUUUCAUCUGUUAUCUACCCCUAACCUUCAUCUUCUUUGCAAAAUAUUUUGAUUAACUGAAUUAAUAAAAUUUUUCAAGAUGAGAUAAACUGAAUAGUGUUGUCAUUCAGCUCCAAGUCAGCCCUGAUUGUGCAAACCUGCAUAUAAUCGAAGGUGUUCCUGCUUUAUCCCAUCUUUUUGUACAUUCAGAGAUACAUUCUCAAAUGUGCAUCCUUUUGUAUUGAAGAUACUAAUUUAUGAUUUGAAGGGAUAUUUGGUUGCUGUUUAUGGCAGUGAUCUUGUUGGCUUGCAUUAUCAAAAUAGCAUUUCUUUGGCCUGAAUACAUUUUUUGUAUAAUUCAGUUAAAUAAAGACCCAGACUAAAUGCA